CGCAUGUGCUAGCCAGAGGCAGGUCACAGUCUCCUCUUCUCCCUCUACUGCUCGACGCCGUCGCCAUGGGCGUCUUCCUCUGCUGCCUCCUGGCGCUCCUCGUCUCCUCCUGCUCCGCCGGCGCCGGCGCAUCCGCCGCCGGCGAGAGGUGCGUGCGGCAGGGCAAGGCGGCCUACGCGCCCUCGCUGUCCCCGCUCCCUCAAGGCAGCGGAGUCUGCGGGUACGGCGCCAUGGCCGCGGAGAUCAAUGGGGGCUUCCUCGCCGCCGGGGGGCCCAGGCAGCACCGGGGAGGGCUCGGCUGCGGGAGAUGCUUCCAGAUGAGAUGCAGAGAUGCAAGGCUGUGCAGCAGCAGGGGAGUGCGGGUCGUGCUCACCGACUUCCACAGGAGCAACCGUACUGACUUCCUGCUCGGCGGGCCCGCCUUCGCGGGCCUGGCCAAGCCCGGGGUGGCCCACGAGUUGAAGAGGUUGGAUGCUCUCUCCGUAGAGUACAAGAGAAUCCCCUGCGACUACAAGGACAAGAACCUGUCCGUACUCGUGGAAGAAGGGAGCAAGAGUCCAAGCAACCUGGUCGUCAAGUUCCUGUACCAGGGCGGCCAGACCGACAUCCUGGCGGUGGACGUGGCUCCGGUGGGGUCGUCGGAGUGGCGGUUCAUGACGCGGGUGCACGGGCCGGUGUGGCGCACGGACCGGGCCCCCGCCGGCCCGCUGCAGUUCCGGGCCGUGGUCACCGGCGGGUACGACGGCAAGUGGGUGUGGGCCGAGCGGGAGGUGCUCCCGGCGGGCUGGCGGCCCGGCCAGGUCUACGACACCGGCGUCCGGAUCGCCGACGUGGCCAGGGACGGCUGCCAGCGCUGCGUCGGCGGCGCCGCCUCCGCCGCCGCGCUGGACUGGAAGUGAUCGAGGUUGACGGCUAGCUGCUGGGUAGAUAUAGUCAAAAAAACAUGUAGUACAUACUAACACCUGUGGUCACUCGCUCGCCGAGAGAGUAAGGAGACAGCAUCAAUGGCGCUGGUGGAGAAAGAGCACCGUAGUGCCUCCAGCCGCUUGCUGUCGAGAGGAGGAAGAAAGAAGACGGCUUCGUCUUGCAGUUUGUACAUUACUGAAUCACAUCAUGCAUGUUCUCUGCGGCGCGUGUGCGUGUGUGCAGGAGGAGACGCAUCGUCGUCAAGGUCUGAUGAGCUAGGUAGGUGGAUGCAAACAAAUGUGGCUGGCUGCCCGGCAGCUACCCCGGCCUGCUGAACGAAUGCUAAUGGUUAGAAUAAUCAAUGAGCACAGUACAGUGGUGCAGUGGCCAUGUUUUUCUUC